UAGUCGGGCCCUGGUCAGCGCUUCUCGCGGCCCCGCUCCGUCGACAGGUUCCAAUGGCCAAGGAUGCGCCAGGCCUUGUUAUGUUUGAGGACGUGGCUGUGUAUUUCUCCCGGGAGGAGUGGGGGCUCCUUAAUGUGACCCAGAGGAGCCUAUACCGUGAUGUGAUGCUGGAGAACUUUGCACUCAUUAGCUCACUGGGAUUUGCACCAUCAAGAUCCCAUGUGUUUGCCCAAUUGGAGGGUGAUGAAGAGCCCUGGGUGCCCAGCUGGAUGGACGUGACUCCAGUCAGCAGACCAGAGGCCAGGAGGGGUCCUGGUCUUGGUUGCCUGUGUACUGUGGAUAAUGAAGAAGCUCCAUCCAGGCAAGAGAAAAGUUGCAGAGUCCACCUGUCAGAAAAGCCCUUCAUGUGUGGAGAGUCUGAGAAGGAUAUUCCGGCCACCUUAGACCUCCUCCAGCACCAGCCCACCCAUAGCAAGGGGAAGCUAUGCAGAAGCAAUGAGUACGGGGCAGCCUUCCUGCCUAGCUCCAAUCGCAGGCAGCAGCAGGGAGUCCACACCGCACAGAAGCCCUUCAAGUGCAGUGACUGUGGGAAGAUCUUCUUGAAGGCCUUCGCUCUCCUUGACCAUCUGAUAACUCACUUGGAAAAGAGACCUUUCAAGUGCCCGAUAGGCAGAAGUGCCUUCAAGGUGAAAUCAACUCAUGUUAAUCACCGAAAAAUUCAUGCUGGAAAAACAUCCCAUGUGUGUAACGAGUGUGGGAAGGCCUUCAGUUACCCAUCUAAACUGAGGAAGCACCAGAAGGUUCACACAGGCAUAAAACCUUUCAAGUGUAGUGAAUGUGGGAAAACCUUCAACCGCAAAGAUGCACUUGUUCUGCACCAGAGGAUUCACACUGGAGAAAGGCCUUAUGAGUGCAGCAAAUGUGGGAAAGCCUUCAGCGUUCUGUCUACCCUCAUUCGACACCGAAAAGUUCACAUUGGAGAAAGACCCUAUGAGUGCAGGGAAUGUGGAAAGUUCUUUAAAUACAAUAAUAGCUUCAUUCUUCACCAGAGAGUUCACACUGGAGAAAGGCCUUUUGAGUGCAAGCAAUGUGGAAAAACCUAUGUGACCCACUCUGGCUUGUAUCAGCACUGGAAAGUUCACACUGGGGAACGGCCCUAUGAGUGCAGCCUGUGUGGGAAAACCUUCACCACCAGGUCCUACCGCAAUCGGCACCAGCAAUUUCACACUGAAGAGAGGUCCUAUGAAUGUACAGAAUGUGGGAAAACCUUCAAACAUAGUUCUACACUCCUUCAGCACAAGAAAGUACACACUGGAGAAAGGCCUUAGGAGGACAGGGCCUGUGGAAAAGCCUUUAGCCACUAGCACCUUGUUCAGCAAGGUCUCAUUCCAGAAAGAAGAUGGAGGAAAGCAGCCUUUGUGAGAGUGCCAUCUGAAAGAAGCUAAAUCUUGCACAUCCCAACACCCACCCUGGGGCAGCUCCCAAUGUGUGCCAGGUGGCUGGGAAGCUUUCAGGAACUAAGUUGCAUUCUCUGACCUGUCCAGGGCUGGAGGCAGUGUUAUGUCACUGCCAGUUUCUGUGACAGAAGCUAUCCCACCUCCACCACUCAGCAGGUCCCCAUGUGUGCCUCAGUUGCUGCAACAUGUUUAGGGAUGACAGACCUCAUGCUCCCUGCUCCAGACAGGGGAGAAUCAUUAAAUGGUGGAGCCCAUGAUGGACCUUGUUCCUUCUUCACUGGCUGACUUAGGCAUGGACAUGACCCAGUUUUGGCCAAAAGGAACUGGGAGCUUCAGGGAAGGUUUAUCAUUUUCAUGGACACUGUUGACACUAUACAUGAUACUUGUCAUGGCUGGGCACAGACUCAUAACACUGUGGUUGUAUAGUAAUAAAGCCUUUAUUGUUUAAGCCACCUUUAA